AUGGACCUGCGGCACUUGUGCGACGCCGCCGAGCUGGCCGGCGCCUCUGCCGGCCUCACGCAGCCCCACCCCAACGCGGCCUGCCUCAUCGUCGCCCCAGACGGCCGCGUCAUCUCAUCCGCGUUUCAGCGCGCCCACGGCUCGACGCCCGCCGAGGCGCUCGCCACCGCCGCAGCCGGCGGCGCCGCGGCCGGCGCGACGGCGUACCUGAACCUGGAGAGCGGGGACUGCCAUGGGGACGACCGCGCGAUCGCGGCGCUGGUGCAGUCUGGCGUGUCGCGCGUCGUCGUAGGCCUGCGGCACCCGCUGCGCCACCUCCGAAACAAGGCGGUCACUGCGCUGCGCCGCGCCGGCGUCAGGACCGACGUGCUCGGCGACGGCGGGGCGGGGGCGCCCGCGGCUGCGCUGGUGCUGCCAGGCGGGGAGGCAAGCAGCGGCGGCGGCGGGGACGCGGCGGCGGACGCAGCGCAGGCUGCGCUGCUCGCGUGCCUCAAGGCGAACGAGGGGCUGCUGCACCGCGCGGUGCUGCGGCGGCCGCUGUCGGUGCUCAAGUAUGCGAUGACGCUGGACGGGAAGAUCGCCACGUCAUCGGGGCACGCGGCUUGGGUGUCAUCUGCGGCGUCGAGGGCGCGCGUGUUUGAGAUGCGCGCGCGCAGCGACGCCGUCAUUGUCGGCGGCAACACUGUCCGCCGUGACAACCCAAACCUGACAACCCGCAGGGAGGGCGGCUUUGCCCCCUGGCGCAUCGUCAUGUCCCGCUCCCUCGACCUGCCGUCUGAGGCCAACCUGUGGGACGUGUCGGCGGCGCCCACCAUUGUGAUGACGCAGCGCGGCGCGCGGCGCGACUUCCAGCAGCUGCUGCGCGGCAAGGGCGUCGAGGUGGUCGAAUUUGACUUCCUCACGCCUGAGAACGUGGCAGAGUACUGCAAUGAGAGAGGCUUCCUGCAGGUGCGCCUGGCGCGGGCGCCGCCGUCCUGCCCGCCGCCCGCCGCCCAGCGCUCGCCCCUCCAGGGAGCAAACAGCCGCCCGCCCGCGCCGCUCGAAACGCGCUCCUGGCCGCCUGCAGCCGACGUCCCCGGCUCGCGCGCCCCCCGCGCCCGGCUGCUUGGGCUGCAGGUGUUUUGGGAGUGCGGCGGCACGCUGUCUGCGCCCGCCAUCAGCAGCGGCGUGAUCCACAAGGUCAUGGCCUUCGUGGCCCCCAAGAUCAUCGGCGGCGACCGCGCCCCCUGCCCGGUCGGGGAGCUCGGGUUUGUGGAGAUGACGCAGGCGGUAAACCUGAUAGACACGGAGUACCACCCGUCCGGCCCCGACCUGCUGGUCACGGGGUACCUGCCCUCCAGCGGCGGCCUGCUGGCGCUCGAACAGGCGCUGUCCUACCCGGGCCACAAGCCGGGCUCCCUGGCGCCCGGCGCGUGGGGCGCAGAGGCCGAGCUCGCGGCGGCCGCCGCGGCGCAGCAGCAGGGCGGCAGCGGCGGGCCCGGCGCGGGCGCGGCGGACCCAGCGACGGGGACGGCGGGGGCGGCGGGAGCGGCGGGGGCGGCGAGCAGCAGUCAGCUGGGGCGCAACAAGGGCGGCGGGCCGCGCGUCAUCCAGUUCUACAAGGCCUGGGACGAGUGGGGCGCGCUCGGCAACUUCUCGCCGCACCCAAUCUCCGUCCCCGGCGCGGAGGGCGGCGGCGAGGGCGAGCUGUGGCCGAGCGUGGAGCACUUUUACCAGGCGGCCAAGUUCCGCACAGACGGCUCCGGGGUGGCGCGGGCGCUGGCGGCGUCCAUAAGGGCGGCCGAGAGCCCCGAGGAGGCGGCGCGCAUCGGCCGCCGCGCCGAGCGCGCGCAGCCGGAGCUCAUCCGGCCUGACUGGGCCGCCGCCAAGCGCGGCGUCAUGCUGCGCGCGCUGCGCGCCAAGUUCACGCAGCACGAGGGCCCGCGGCGGAUGCUGCUGUCGACGGCCGGCGACGCGGCGGCGGGCGUGCCGGCGGCGCGGCUGGUGGAGGCGUCGCCGAACGACACGUUCUGGGGCCAGGGGUUUGCCGGCGGGGGCAGGAACCAGCUGGGGGCGCUGCUGAUGGAGUUGAGGGAGGAGCUGGCCGCGGAGGCCACGGCGGCGUCGGCGGGCAGCAAGCAGCAGCAACAGCAGCAGCAACAGCAGCAGCAAGCGGUGGCUACGCCGGCGUGA